UUCUACUAUAUAUUUUUUUUUUUUUCUUUUUUUCUUUUUUUGUUGAGUAUAUUUCAUUCGAAUGUUGUGCAUAACAUUUGCAUUGAUGCAUAAAUCGUGAAAACAACAACAGCAACAACAACUUAUGUUUAUUGAAGAAAAGUGUGAAGAAGAAGAAGAAGAAAAACAACAACAAGAAAUAAUUAAAGAAGAAUACAGUGUGAAUAUAUACAGCGAUUGGUUUAUACUUUACUGUAAAUUGUAUAACGUCAAUUUUGAUGUUUAUAAUAACGUGACUACAGAAAAGAUUUUCGUGGAUAAACUAAAUUAAGAGGAGAAGUGUCAUAUGGCUCUGGAAUAUGGUACUACUACCUACAAUAUGCACCACACGAAUCAAUUAGAAGACGUGGGCUAUAGGAGUAUCGAGAUAACGUCGGCUUUCACGCAUCUACCUCAAAAGGAGAUGGCCAGGGACACCCCGGGCUCACCCAUGUCACGCUCCCGGGAUUUGGGUAGUGGUGGUGGAGCUGCAACGGCCACCUUGACUUCCGGCGCCUAUCAUGCUGCAGUUGCUACCACCACCGACCCAACUACCCUCCAUGAUCACGCGUUGCAACAGAAAAUGCUCGAGCUACAGCAGCAUCAUCAGCUGCAACAACAGAUCCUGCGACAGCAGUACCAAGCUCAGGAAAGGCAAUUAGCAGAAAUGCAUGAACAACAAAUGCAUCAGCUCAAGCUUUGGGAAAAGCAGAAACAAUUGGAGGAACAAAUGAGGGAAAAGGAACGAUUAGAGGCCCUUAGGAAAAAGGACAAACAUGAUCAUAGUGCAAUUGCAUCAACGGAAGUCAAACAACGUCUUCAGAGUUUCCUGGUAAACAAAAAGCAAAGGGAAGCCGCUGCUGCAGCCAACGGUGCUGUUCCUGGUACACCUGGAUAUAGAAGCUGGUUGCAACCCCAAUCGGAAACAACGAGCAACACAAAUUCAUCUCAUCCAUAUCGAAUGCCACAAAUGUUGCAAGAGAAAUUUGGGGAUGAUUUUCCAUUGAGAAAGACAGCAUCGGAGCCGAACCUGAAGGUGCGAUUAAAACAACGCGUGGAGAGGAAUAUGGCGGCAUUGCGGCACUCGCCCCUGAUGGCAAGAAGGAAGGAUCGUCUUCUGUCGCAUCUCAAGCGGAAGUCGUUACUAGCAAAUGCUGGUAGUAAUCCAGAAUCGGGGCCUAACUCACCACCGACUGUCAAUAAUUCUCAAGCAAGUCCAACUGCUGGAAGUAACACCGCAAUACAAGAGGAAAGUGAAAGUACGAGUUAUGGUGGUCCUUUGACAAGUAGUAGUCAACAAGGAAGUCUUUCGGAUCUUUCAUUAUUUAGUUCACCGUCCAUGCCCAAUAUUUCAUUGGGUAGACCACAAAUUCCAUCCAGUUCAGCUCAGAGUGGAUCUAAAUUAGCACCUGUAUCGGAAGCAGAAGUUCGUGCUGCUUUUACAGCUCGUCUUGGUAUGCCGUUGACCGGUCAAAUGUUACCAGGGACCUUACCAUUUUAUCCAUCGUUAACGGUAAUCGAUGGUGAUCCUACAUAUAUUCACAAACAAAUGCAAAAUUUGGAACAAGUGUCAGUAGGCAGCAGACAACAUCCGGUAUAUCCAAUUACGGAUACACAAGUAGCACAUACAAGACUGCAGAAGGCUAGUCACCGGCCUUUAGGUAGUAGAACUCAAUCCGCUCCAUUACCUCUUGGUCAUCCAAUGUUACAAAGUGGUAUGAUGGCACCACCAGCUCAUUACGAGGAAUACCUUAUUGAGAAACAACAUCAACAUGAUCAACAACAAGCUCAUAAUUAUUUGAAACAACAGAUACGUCAGACCGUAUUAACGCGUGUCAGUUCACGUGGACAGACGAAUCAGUUGGAUGAAGCACCGGAAAGUGAGGAAUCCGAAGUGAUAGAUCUUACGGGGAAAAAAGAUUUGUCGGAGGAAAGUGAAAUGUCGAAACAACAGAGGGAUCGUGAACAAUUUUUGCAACAACAGAGAGAUCUGAUGAUGAGACAUACCUUACAGACGAACGAGUCUACGGCCUAUUCCGGUGGCAGGAGUUCACAAUCCAGACCACUUUCCAGAGCUCUCUCUAGUCCGUUGGUACAUUUAGGACCUCAGGGUGGCGGUGGUGAUAUGUUUGCUCGGGGUUCUCCUCAUCGAGCUAACACAGGACUGGCAUAUGAUCAAUUGAUGUUAAAACACGCUUGUGUUUGUGGUGAAACUGUAAGGGGCCAUCCUGAACAUGGCGGUAGAUUACAGAGUGUUUGGGCUAGACUAUCAGAAACAGGAUUAUCUCAGCGUUGCAGUAGAGUUCGUUCACGUCAAGCUACACUAGAAGAAAUUCAAACUUGUCACAGCGAGGCUCACACACUUUUAUUCGGAACGAAUCCAAUGAGUCGUCAGAAAUUAGACAUGACGAAGUUUCCACAAUUACCGAUUAUUGAAUUACCUUGCGGAGGAGUAGGCGUUGAUUCUGAUACAACGUGGAACGAAUUAAACACCGCACCUGCAGCACGAAUGGCAGUAGGAUGUGUCGUAGAUCUCGCUUUGAAAACAGCAAUGGGUGACAUCAAGAAUGGUUUUGCUGUAGUUAGACCACCUGGACAUCAUGCGGAGAGUAAUCAAGCGAUGGGCUUUUGUUUCUUUAAUUCUGUAGCAAUCGCUGCUCGUUUAUUACAACAAAAACUCGACAUCAGAAAGAUAUUAAUUGUUGAUUGGGACGUUCAUCAUGGAAAUGGAACUCAACAUAUGUUUUACGACGAUCCAAGAGUACUUUAUCUUUCCAUACACCGACACGACGAGGGUAACUUUUUCCCUGGUACGGGAGGACCAACAGAAUGUGGUACCGGAGAAGGUUUAGGAUACAACGUUAACGUAGCAUGGUCUGGUGGAUUGAAUCCACCAAUGGGAGAUGCAGAAUAUUUAGCAGCAUUUCGUACGAUAGUUAUGCCGAUCGCUAAAGUAUUCGAUCCUGAAAUCAUUUUAGUAUCUGCCGGUUUUGAUGCAGCCGUUGGUCAUCCAGCACCACUUGGUGGUUACAAGGUCAGCCCUGCGUGUUUCGGUAGAAUGACACAACAGUUGUUAACUCUAGCAGGUGGUAAGGUUGUUCUCGCAUUGGAAGGUGGCUAUGAUUUAGCAGCAAUAUGCGAUUCUGCUCAGGAAUGUGUAAGAGCUUUGUUAGGAGAUGAACCAACUCCUAUUCGAGAAGAUGAACUAACGCGGGCACCUUGCCAAAAUGCCAUUGAUACGUUACAAAAGACUAUAGCCAUUCAGAUGUCUCAUUGGCAAUGUGUUAAACUCUUCGCUCAUACUGUUGGUAUGAGUGCAAUAGAGGCAAGUCAGAAGGAACACGAUGAAACGGAAACUGUAUCUGCGAUGGCUUCGCUCUCAAUGCAACAGCCUACGAAUCUUACAACUACACCGGAUCAUUCCCGAGAAGUCUCAGAAGAACCGAUGGAACAAGAUGAGGCAAAAUGAAGCGAUACUCGUUAGAUGUUAGUGAUCACCUAAUGGAUCAUCUUGAAAAAUGAGUUAAUAUGAGAAGAAACAAAUGUCGUGACCACCAUCCAAAGGAAGAAGAAGAAGAAGAAGAAGAA